AUGGCAUAUCCCGAGUUCAGCGACCCCGCCACUCUUCUUAGAGAUGCCAUUUCGUUUGAUGGCGUUCCGGACGACCUGGUGCCCUUUGGCUUCGUCGAGUCUCGCAUACGGCAGCUCAACACGAUAUCGAGCAACGAUAACCUAACUGCCCAGCCAUACACUGCGAAUACGCGCGAUGCUGCAGACCCUUGCAGCCCAGUCUGUCCGCGGACGCGGGUCGAAGUGUCUGCUUCACCUCCAGUUGGCCAUUCGUACCCAGGCUUGAGGAUCAAUGACAACCAUAACGAUGACAACGGAGUUGCUUGGGAGGUUGCGUCGACAAGUGCUCACAUGUUUAACGUCAAGCCGAGCUUGAGAGCCUCUAGAUCGAGCAAUUCGUUGCGAUUGCAAAGUCCAACCCGAGAUCCAAGCAGAUAUCGCAGUUUAUACAGGUCAAACCAGACCGCCAACGAAGUCAAUGAUGCGAAAUUGGGAUCCAAGCUUUCCAGACGGUCUCACCCGAAUCUCCAAGCAUCGUCUUCAAGUAUUCGGACAAGACAACGCGCCCCCGAGAGCUCUAGAAAGGAGCAGCAAGAUGUAUUGGAAAUGUUUGACACAUAUGGGGUCUCACGGCCAGAGGGUUGGCUGUCGGAUGAGAAAGAUCGACAACGGGCAUCAGGGAUGAAAACCGUUCAUUGCAAGACAGAAUUGGUGAGUGGUCUGUCUACCAUCCUUCCAGGGGGCCAAGAGCACAGGCAAGACCAGCAGAAGCUGAGCCAAGGGACAUGGAACCAAGGGAUAACUCACAGCCGGAGCCUUGCCAAUCUAUCUGAGCCUGUCCUCGGUGCAGAGAAAAAUAAUCGGCUAUCUCAUUCUAAGAGCCGUGACUCUAUCACAGGAUAUCCCAGAGAAAGUCAGCUGAGACAUGCUGAGGCGGAAAGACAAGCACGCCAACAAUUUCGACAUGAACGCCGACAUCGCCUGGAGAAGUCCUAUAGCGAAAUGGCCAUCCCUGAGCAAUGCUCUGAUUGCCCGACUUGUCACGUGAACAGCGACCCUACGAGACACAGCAUCUGCUGCAUUGCUCGACAGUCUCCCUCAAGGAGGCAUGUGAUUGACCAGACGAAUAAAAGCACCGAAGAAGAGCUAGAACGCGAGAUUCUACCCGAGGAUACAAUUCGAGGCAAGGCCGGGGCGACUUCACAGGAGUCACGUAUUCAACAUAUGUGGCCGGAUAAUGACAAACAGACUUCGCCCCGACGAAGAAUCGACGAUCUUGGGAACAAAACGGCUACACAGACUCUGAAAGGGCUUCUCAGCCUGCACACUUUGGAUCAGGAUACUUUUUGGACUUGUUCAGAAGAUCCAGCAAUGUCCCAGAGUGUCACUCUGCCUCACACGCUCCAUGGUAACCAGGACACACCGAAAUCGAUUCUGGAAGGAGCUUCCCAUGAAAGCAUAGACUCGGUAGAAUUGAAAAAAUAUCAGGCAUCGCCAUCGGACAAGGCUAUUUGGAAAACUCCAACGAUUCGAAUCUCGCCAUCUGGAGCAGACAAUGACGUACCGGAGCUUCAGCAAGACGUCAGAUACGAUGAUCAGAUGGGAAACGCUGGGGGCCAACAACGCCAAGAGUUAUCACAUAGGGGCAUGGGAUCGCCUGUUAGAAAAGCAAAUGCUUGGACUCCGAAAGCAUCAGAAAAGGGGCUUGGAUCGCAAGAUUCGCUUAGGAAAGCCACCAGUCCAAGCAAGAGUCCCCAGAGAAACAUUGAGUCUUCCGAUCCUUCAACAUGGAAACAACAACUAAGAAAGAUCAACGACACACCGACAUUGAUGAGCAACUCCCCGAGCAAGGGGUAUACAUUGUCAGCCUCCGACUCUCAAAGAUAUCUUGGCCAGUCUGCAACGGCAGUUAACCCCGACGAAGGAACACUUCCCAGCUCAUCAGUCCCACACAGGAGUAUUGACGAAGAGCCAACAGCUACGGGAUACAAGGGUUUGGAAUUUACAAGCCGCUUCUCAAAGAGAAACCAGGCAGGAGACGUGAUGAAAGAGUCGGCGAUUCCUCCUGUUACCCCUAACAGCGAGUCCGAGAUUUCCCUAAGUCGCCACGUCUGCGAGUGGCGCUCACGGUAUUUGGGGCUUAGUGAUGCAUUCGAUAAGCUCAAAAUCGAGCUGGAUAUUGCGCUGGAACACCAAGCGAGCCAAGUCAUUGCUGGUGGGGAAUUGGGGGGUGUUUCUCAUCAGCAUCAAUACGAUGAUUAUGGAAUCGAGGGGUUGACCAUUAUUGUGCACAGACGAAGCAAGGAGGAUCUGGUCCUCAACACAGACCUGAGAGAAGAAGAAGCCGCUCAUGUGGAAGAAGAGUAA